AUACCUACGAACCUAACUUAUAGGUAAAUACUAAAUAUAUUUAAUACAUUAUUGUCUAUUUUCCUAUUUCAUAUUUUUAUUUAUAGGAUUUCAUUUCGUGGUUUUCAAAAGUUUUAGCAAUAUCGCAUACUAUUAAACAAAUUUUUUUUUUUCGGAUUAAGGCUUCGACUUCUGAGGUCAUUAGCUUGGUACUAUGAAGAGGGGCGUUGAUUGAAACACGUUUGAUGAGUGGCAAGGAUGUGUUGCUAAAAACUCAGGUGGUCACCCAUCCGAGUUCUAACAACGACGGCCGGUACGUCGUACUCUUGAACGUUGCCGCAGACGAGCGUGCAACCGGUCCUCACCAAGCUACCAUCAAUAUUUUAUAUGAUAAACGAAAAACAAUGUUUGGUCGACUUAGACUUAAGACAUACAUCAGGAGUACAAUGAGUCAAACACGGUUGAAUGAUAUUGCCAUUCUUCAUUUGCACCGUGAUGAAGAAAUAAAUGUAGAAACUGUCGCAAACCAAUUCAUCGACAUUUCCAAAGUGCGGAAAAAUACAUUUUCUUUAUAAAAUGUGUAACUUUCAAAAUAAAUUGGCAUUUUUUAAUUUUUGUCUUAUGA